AUACCAGCCUCAUCAACACUAAGAAGAAGCUGGAGGUUGACCUUAAUCAGGUCCAAGGUGAAAUGGAAGACACUGUCCAGGAGGCAAGGAACGCAGAAGAGAAGGCCAAGAAGGCUAUUACUGAUGCUGCCAUGAUGGCAGAGGAGCUGAAGAAGGAGCAGGACACCAGCUCACCUGAGAGGAUGAAGAAGAACCUGGAGGUCACAGUGAAGGACCUGCAGCACCGUCUGGAUGAGGCUGAGAAUCUGGCCAUGAAGGGCGGAAAGAAGCAACUCCAGAAACUGGAGGCUAGGGUCCGUGACCUGGAGAGUGAAGUUGAUGCUGAACAGAAGCGUGGAGCUGAAGCUAUUAAAGGUGUUCGUAAAUAUGAGAGGAGAGUCAAGGAGCUCACCUACCAGACCGAAGAGGACAAUAAAAAUGUGAGCAGGCUGCAAGAUCUGGUGGACAAGCUUCAGUUAAAAAUGAAGGCCUACAAGAGAGCGGCUGAGGAUGCUGAGGAGCAGUCCAACAUUCACCUGUCCAGGUACAGGAAGGUGCAGAAUGAGCUGGAGGAAGCUCAGAGCGUGCCGACAUCUCUGAGUCCCAGGUCAACAAGUUGAGAGCCAAGAGCCGUGAAAUUGGUAGCAAGGGGAAUGUGGCUGAAGAGUGAGGGACGAAGUCCAGAUGAGACAUUAUCAACAGGUCAUACAAUAUGAUUUUUGGUAAAAAUGUUCUCAUGAAUCAAAAAUAAAUCUGCAAACCAUA